AUGCAUGCCUAUGACAUGCUUUCGACAUUGAUACUCGACCAUCACGAACACGGAUACGAUCUGUACUCGACCAACCAACAGAACAUCUUCGCAGACCAAAAGUACAACAAGCCUUUCUUUGUCACCUAUGUCAACACCGCCAGUUUCUCGUUCUACCUGCUGGGACCACUUUUCAGGAAAUGGAAACAAAAGUGCAUAGGAAAGAAGACCAUGUCAGGGACAGAACACACCGCAAAAUCUAUCCCCAGCACCAGCUCUUAUGGAAGCGUCAGUCCAAUAGGAUCGCUGGACAACAUACGCUCAACAGAGUCAACACUGGAGCAAGGAGCGGGAGUCAUCAACCCAAACGAUAUCCCUCUGUCCCAUCGCGAAGUCGCUCAUCUCAGCUUUGCCUUCUGCAUCCUCUGGUUCGCAGCCAACUGGGCGACCAAUGCCUCGCUCGCCUACACCACCGUUGCAAGCUCGACCAUCCUCGCCUCGAUGUCUGGGUUCUUCACCUUGGCUAUCGGAGCUGCUUUGAGGACUGAGACAUUCAGCACCCUCAAAUUGAUCGCUGUCUGCGGGAGUGUGAUUGGUGUGGCCUUGGUGAGCGAGUCUGAUCGAGGAAGCCCCAACAUGGAACCAACAGCACCCCGUGCACCGUUGUUCGGCGACUUUUUGGCACUCAUUUCAGCACUCUUUUACGGAUGCUACACUGUGCUGCUGAAACUCAGGAUCCAGAACGAGAGUCGAGUCAACAUGUCAUUAUUCUUCGGAUUCGUAGGCCUGUUCAAUUUGUUGUUGCUGUGGCCGGUCUUUGGAGUGUUGCACUGGACAGGCGUCGAGCCAUUUGAGCUGCCACAUGAUACACGGAUCAUUUGGAUGAUUGCCAUCAAUGCCUUUAUUGGGACUUUUGUCUCGGACUACCUCUGGCUGCUAAGCAUGCUGAUGACUUCACCUCUGGUUGUCACACUGGGGUUGUCUCUGACAAUUCCGCUUGCCCUUCUAGGCGAUGUUGUUGGGUAUGGUCGAGUGCUUGGGCUAGGGUACUGGAUCGGGGCUGGAUUGGUUUUGGCAGGAUUCUUUGGGGUCAAUGGAGCGGCACUCACGGAAAGGGACGAGGCAGAACAAAAGGAGAACAUUGCGACCCAAUCGAUAGCAUCGAGUGCCACAGUUACGGAUGCUACAACUACCUUGGCUGUGGAUGAACGUGGAGAGACCCAAGAGCGAGAGCCUCUUCUUGCUAUGUACCCACGUGAGGCACCUUCGAGGUCGUAG